AUGGCUCCUAAUAAGCGGAAGUCCUUGGGGAUUGAAGUGCCUCGUACGGCAGCUACCCUCGAAUCGCCGCCCGGCAUUGCGGCGCUCUUCGCGAUCCGCUUCGAUAUCAAAACUGGAUAUGUGAUCGCCUGGAAGCGCUCCAUUUCAGAUGUUGAGGUUGAAGGUGUCGUCGAGUAUAAAUCGCUCCCCUCGGGAUUGCAUAAUGUCACAGAAGAUCUGGUGUACUUCGUCCACGAAGAAUACGCCGGUCUCAGCGCAUUCAUCAACCUACCCGCGGAGGAAGCCGAACGCAAUGCGAAGAUGUUCGCUGUUGGUGUCUUGGUCCCAUUGAGCUUUGGAAGAUUGGGAAAGAGUUGGAGACAUGCCCCGAAACUCAAGGAAUUGGUGCAACAAUACGCACAAGAUACGUCCAACAACAAGCCGUUAGACGAAUACUGGGAUACCUAUCAAGUUCGAGGUUCCGAUGCAUUACCAUCCGAACCGCCGCUCGACUCUCCGAUCAGUGUCCGGUCCAAUUGGCCUGGUUCCUCGCAUCGCAAUCGCGCUUUCAGCGACGCCAUGGUGUUGGAACCAUCAUCGAGGCCGGCCUUGACACCAUUCCACCCAGCGUCCUCCCUUCCGCAUUUCGUUGACUCUUUCGGACCUUUGAUAUUCCCGCUAUACAGAGCUGCACUUCUGCGCAAGAGAAUCCUGCUCAUGACUGAAGCGCCGGUCCAUGUGCCCUGUAACUAUGUAUACGAUCUUUCCCUACUAGCCUCCUUACCCGAUUCCGUCCUCCCUCUCCUUCCUCAGGAUAAUUUACCGACCCCGCGGCUCCGUCCACUUUUCAACAUCGGCAUCCAUGACAUCCCAUACCUUUCUUCGUUCAUCGGGCGCAGUCCCCGCGACAGCGAACAGGAUUCGACCUGGAUUGCAUGCUCAACAGACAGCGUCUUAACCAUGAAACCAGAACUCUUUGACGUCCUGGCUACAGUACCGGCUCCCUAUACCAAGGACGCAGCGGAGAAGAUAUACCCCAAACUUACGGUGCAGGCACCUUCAAGACUGGGAACAGCCCCAGUUCAAACCGAGCUAAGAGCCACGCAACGAGAUGCUCGCCGUUAUACCAGGCUCCGUCAGGGACUGCGCCAUCUCUCCCGCGACGAAAACUCACAAUUAGUAGACCCCAGUGACAAUGACGGCGCCAGUCUUAACGACGCAACCGACGAUAACUCUGACACAGUCUCAACAUUCUCAUCAAGUCCAGUCGUCGAGCCCCUUUCCUGGGCCCAACUCGCUUACACCUCUUUCAUUUGGUGGGCGUCAGCGGGUGAAAAGCGCGAAGGCCUCUCAGAAGAAGAGGAGGAGCAGCAAAUUGAGCAAGAUACGCGUCUUUUGGCUAGUGCGGAGAGCCUUUCGCACCCCAAUCAGCAACCGAGGGACACAGAGCAACAGCCUCCGGAAGUCGCCCUGGUGGCGUACUUCCGCCGCCUGACAGCGCAGAUCUUCAUCAUUCUCACGGAUGUUGUCGCGCGGCAUGACAGUGAUGGGCGGGAGUCAGUAAAUAAUAACGCUCAACCUUACAGUGACGACGCCAACGACGAAGACGACGAAAACCCAUCCAUCACCAUGGCCCGCCAAUCCACGCAAGAAGGUGACGAUGAUCGAUCCGCUCUGUUCCACAAUGAUACAGAUGACAAAAGCAUCUACGACUCCGAUACUGUUCUCAUAACCACAGAAGAUAUGACGGAGAUGGGCCUUGAUGUCUGGAGUGCCACAGAUCGUGUCUUUGCAGAGGAAUUAGUGCGUUUGUGGUGGGGUCGUCAAGCACGGAUUGAUAGCGCUCGCAUUAGAUGCUGCGGGAUCACGAUUCUAUAG